AUGUUUCCCAAGAGAGCCACUGACCAGAUUGAUGUUAAGGGCACUGCCCUGUGGCGCCAAGACAAUGCGAGCUUGCUCGGUAGCAUUGAGGCCAAUGGUGAGAGCAAAUUAUUCAAACGCGAGUCAACUAGAUCUGGCAAACCUCUGGCGAAGAAAUGGGAUCCAGAUUAUCUUUCGGAGGAAGCUACUAAAAGAAAGGUAUCACUCGCCAUCAUCAAGAGCUCUGCUCGCGCAGCAAGUCAGCCAGGUAUGAUUAUUUAUCUCAAAAUUUAUUCUUUCCUCGAUAGAGACGCCGGUCCUGAUACAUCAUACUCAGGCAUGAUAUCACUCGGCGCUGGUGCCCCCUCAAGCGCAUGUUUUCCAUUUGAGGAGAUACAAGUCCGGAUUUCAAACACUAUUGAUUUUUCCGAAAUCAUGAAGGAGAAUACCACCAUGAUUUCCAUGGCAAAGUUCGACUUUGAGCCAGGUGUCAGCGAUUACAGUCUUGAUGUCGCCUUAAACUAUGGACAAGGCAGUGGCUCCGCACAAAUGUUACGAUUUGUCACCGAACACACCCAGCUGAUUCAUGAUCCUCCAUAUUCGGAUUGGGCAUGCUGUCUGACUGUUGGAAGCACCUCUGCAUGGGACUCUGCGCUGAGAAUAUUUUGCGAAAAGGGCGACUAUAUCAUCCUCGAAGAUUACAUAUUUUCCAGCGCAUUGGAAACAGCAUUGCCUCUUGGGGUGAAGGCAUUAUCCAUACAUAUGGAUGAUCAGGGUCUUAUCCCCGAGCAUUUAGACAAUGUCCUCUCCAGUUGGGAUGAGAAAGAGCGCAAAGCCAGAAAGCCAUUCCUCUUGUACAUGGUUCCCACUGGCCAAAAUCCAACAGGUGCUACACAAUCACUCGAACGGCGAAAGAUGAUCUAUGCCCUUGCCCAAAAGCACAGUCUUUACAUUGUGGAGGACGAACCCUACUAUUAUAUUCAGCUACCUCCAUUUGGAUCGAGUGAUUCGUUUUCCAACUCAAAGGUGCGCAACGAACUCAUUCCGUCUUACUUGAGCUUAGACGUCGACGGCCGGGUUUUACGGCUAGAUUCCCUGUCUAAGGUUCUUGCCCCGGGAUCUCGCAUGGGUUGGGUCACAGCAUCUGAGCAGGUCAUCGAAAAAUUUGUUCGACUCAACGAGUCAUCUUCUCAGCAUCCGAGCGGGUUCUCGCAAGUUAUUGUUUUCAAGCUUUUAAAUCACCAUUGGGGCCAUUCAGGAUUCUUCGGCUGGCUUGAGAAAGUCCAGGCGGAAUAUACAUCGAGAAGGGAUACGUUUGUGCAAGCUUGUCUUGAACAUCUUCCUGCAGAUAUCACUAGCUGGAUUCCUUCGGAGGCAGGCAUGUUUCAAUGGAUUGAGAUUCAGUGGAGGUCCCAUCCCUUGUACAAGUCGGAGGCCGAUCAUCAGACUGUCGAACAGGCGAUCUUUGCUUCUGUUGUUGAACAUAAAGUGUUUCUGACACCAGGUUCUUGCUUUUGGUCCAACGCCGAUGUUGGAGAGGAGCGCAUGUUCUUUCGGGCUACUUAUGCAUCCGCCUCUCGAGAAGAGCUAAAAGAAGCGGUUCGGAGAUUCGGAAGGGCCUUGAAGGCUCAAUUUGCGUGA